CCACUUCAAAGUCUCUCUCAGCUCUCACCCUGUGUAGAGAGAUUAUAUUACGCCGCUUAAGGAACUUAACAACACCGAUAGCAAAAAUGAACGACCUCAUGACCAAAUCCUUCAUGAGCUACGUGGAUCUGAAGAAAGCCGCAAUGAAAGACGAAGUGGAUCUGGAAGCUGGUCUUCCUCCAUCCGGCGUGGAACUUCGCUCCUCAACAAAUCAAUUGGAUACCGACAUGGGUCUCUUCCUGGAAGAGGCCGAGAAGGUGAAAACGGAGAUGGCGGAUCUCCGUGACAUUCUGGGCAAACUUCAGCAAGCAAACGAAGAAAGUAAAUCCCUGCACAAUCCUGAGGCUCUAAAAUCCUUAAGGAUCAGAAUCAACGCCGAUAUCGUCUCUGUGCUUAAGAAGGCCAGAACAAUCCGGUCUCAACUGGAAGAAAUGGACCGAGCUAAUGCGGCCAAUAGGAGGCUCUCUGGCCUCAAAGACGGCACGCCUGCCAUUUACAGAACCAGGAUUUCAGUCACCAAUGGCCUUCGCAAGAAACUGAAGGAGCUAAUGAUGGAGUUUCAGGAGCUGAGGCAGAGGAUGAUGACUGAAUACAAAGAGACAGUGGGAAGACGCUAUUUUACUGUAACAGGGGAACACCCAGAUGAAGAAGUGAUUGAGAAGAUCAUAUCCAAUGGGGAAGAAGAGUUCCUAAGCAAAGCUAUUCAAGAGCACGGGAGAGGGAAAGUUCUAGAGACGGUGGUGGAGAUACAGGACAGGCACGAUGCUGCUAAAGAGAUCGAGAAGAGUCUACUGGAGCUGCACCAGGUGUUUCUGGACAUGGCGGUGAUGGUUGAAGCUCAGGGCGAGAAGAUGGACGACAUUGAGCACCAUGUGCUUCAUGCUUCCCACUAUGUCAAGGAUGGGACUAAAAAUCUGCAGACUGCAAAGAAAUACCAGAGGAGCAGCAGAAAGUGGAUGUGCAUUGGAAUCAUACUUCUCCUGAUUCUGAUCCUCGUAAUCGUCAUCCCUAUUGCCACCAGUUUCAGCAGCUCUUGAAUUAAAAUUUAAUGAUCUCUAGUGGUAAUUCAAAAGGCGUAUUGUUUCAUUCUUUGACUUUGUUUCUUCAGUAUUGAGUAGUACGACUCAUCGUCGUUUAGUUGUGCUGGUGUAAAUUCAAUUCAUUUCCUUCAAGGCGCUCCCGGGGCCAUUUGGAUUUCUGCAUUUAAACAUUGUGAUGUUCCUUAGUCCUGCUUUUGAUGUUACAGAAAUGGAAUUUACCGAGAUAUUACUUAAAUCAUUGGGCCC